UCCUACCCCAGCGUCUGCGCGCUGCGCUGGCGCGCCUGGCUCGCGCCCCGCGGACGCCUCGGUCACCUGCACAAGGCGCGGGAUGGCCCCUGCGAGUUCGCUCCCGUGGUCCUCUUGCCACCUCAGAGUAUCCACAAUGUCACCGGGGCACAGGUGUACCUGUCCUGUGAGGUGAGGGCUGAACCGGCCCCUGUCAUCACAUGGAGGAAGCUCAUGCACUCUCCUGAGGGCACUGAAGUGUUGGAGGAGUUGCCUGGGGACCAUGCCAAUAUAGCUGUCCACGUUCGUGGGGGCCCUGCAGACCAUGAGGCCACAGCCUGGAUCCUGAUCAACCCCCUGAGAAAGGAAGAUGAAGGAAUGUACCAAUGCCACGCGACCAACGUGAUUGGGGAGUCCCAGUCCUAUGGCACUGUGACAGUCCUUGAUCUGAGCAGAUACAAAAGCCCCCUAGCUCCGGCUGACCACCUGUGAUGAGUAAGGUUCUUAAGAGAAAUGGAACAUGGAAUGACAGAGAAGUCAAGAAACAGAUCACUGUGCUUUGUGAAGACUUGGAAAAGCUGUGUUUGUACAUGACCCCCUUUUGUAUGUUUUUAAAAACUGAAUGCAAACUAGAUUCAUAUGCAGAUGUAGUUUUUAGCAGGACUGGUAUUAGGAAAGCUGACAGUGCAUGUGGCUGUUUUUUUGUUGUUUGUUUUGUACUGUAGGAAUGAAUUCUACCAUGAGAAUUUUUUUAACUAUUUCCUCCCAGGGAAGAUCUCUUAACGUCUGUUAACUACAAAGGGCUGUACACGAGGUGAGGACUCUGACGCUACCUCAUUUGUCUGUGGCUGAUUCCUGGUGCUCUAUGACUUCAUGUGUUGAGGUCCAAGGAGGGAGGAGGUCCCAGCUUGCCUUGCCUGGAUGACCUGGGCAGCCCCUCCCUUCCGGGGGCCUUGGUCUUCCUCCCUCUGACUGUGGCAUUUGGACUGGGUGUUACCAGCCUCCUUUCUAGUUCUAUGGUCCUAGUAUAAGAUGGCCCUAUGCAAAAAAACAAAACAAAAACAAAACACAAAAAACAUAGUGUGGGCCUAGCAUUCUUUCUUAACUGGUUUCCUCCAAACCAAACCAUUGCUAUCAUGACUUGGCCUUUGGGCUAAGACCAAACAUAAAAACAAAUCAAUGCUUCAUACCAGGGUCAGGACAGUUGGUGGCUAUUGUAUUCCUCCUUUUUCCCCAUUUUAGAGAGAUUUAGUCCUGGAUGGGAAUCUUUGCCAGAUUCUAGAGUCCUUUGCUAGGCGUUUAGGGACCAAGCCAUCCCUGUUAGUCCUACAUUCUCUAAGCAAGUGGCCAGAGACCAGGUUUCUGUAUGUUACCUUGUAGAAAGGAGUCAGGUGCUAUCUCUGGGCUGUGAAAUUACAGUACGUUAGAAUGCAGUAGGCUAUACCCCAGAAUAGGUUUCCCUACCACCACCAACUCCCAUGUUUAAUGAGCAGAAAAGAAAAUUAUUUACUCUCUGGUUAAAAAUAAAAUUGAGCCCUAAGUGAUUGCAAUUUCUUAAUUCAGAAUGGGGAUCUCUCACUGUGGACAGUUCUUAAACUUUAUGAAGCAAAAUUUCCCAUCCUUGAGCCCGUCCCUGCAUGGAGGGCAGGCCAGCCAGGCCUGGGAAGCAGCUCCUGGCCUGGGGGCCAUCAUCACCUCAGGCUGACCUCAGGUGGCCUCCUCUGCCUGCUUCUGAGAAGCUUCCUGCUUCUCAGCAUGAUCCAGAAACCAGGGGAAGGAUGCUGCUGCCAGUUCACAGGUUUGGGGGUUCUUGCCAAGGUUCAUUCAAGUUUUAAGCCACACUCAGUCCUCUCCCAACUAGUCAUUAUGUUUUUGGAACUCUGAAUAUUCUGCCUCUCUAAGCCUGACCCUCCACAUCUAAAAUAAUGGGAUGCUGUCACCCUGGUAAAAGACCUGGCUGGGAAUCUAGGAACACGGGGUCCAUUUGCAUGUUCAUCCCAGGCUUGCUGUAUGACCUUGGGAAAGCCCCCUUUGCUUUCUGGACCUCCAGGUC